AUGGCCCUCGUGCCUCCCGCGGCAGACGGCAUGAACAUCAUCUGGUCAGAAACAUUUCAAGGAAACGCCGGCUCACCGCCUCGAAGCGACACCUGGGACGUGGCCUUGGCCAUCGACACGAACAACGAUGUCCAGAUUUACACCGCAUCAUCAUGGAACCUCCAGAUAUCCGGCGGCGAGACUAUCCAGCUCAUCCCUCGCAAGUCAGCAAGCGGCGUCUGGACAUCUGCGCGCAUCGAAACCAAGGCAGCAUGGACCCCUCAGCCGGGAGGAAGAAUGAGGGUCCAGUCCAUGUUCAGGAUGGGCGACAACGCAAACAAGCAGGGCAUGUGGCCCGCGUUUUGGAUGCUCGGUGAUGCUGUCCGCCACGGAACCCAAUGGCCUCUCUGCGGUGAGCUCGACAUUUUCGAGCAGAUUAACGGCCAGCUCUCCGCGACGGGCACUGUCCAUUGCCAACAGGAGUCUGGCGGCAUCUGCAACGAGCCCGCCGGUCGCGGCGUGGCCACUUCCAUCCCCGACAACAGUUGGCACACUUGGGCUUUGGAAUGGGACCGCACUUCGAACAACUGGGCCACAGAGACCAUCACAUGGAUGCGCGACGGUGUCGUAUUCAACCAGCUCAAGGGCAGCGAUAUUGGGGACGAGGGUAUUUGGGCGACCCUCGCUCACAAGCCCUACUAUGUGCUCAUGAAUGUGGCAGUUGGCGGUACAUUGCCGGGUCCUCCUACCGAUGCUACGCAAGAUGGCUAUGGUAGCAUGAUGGAGAUUGGUUAUCUUGCUGUCUACCAGUCCCCGUAA